AUGCGCACAGGACGAAACUGGGAAGAGCGACAAGCAGAGGAAUCAAAAACCUUCCCAGCACUCAUACCAUCACUCCCGACGGAACCUCAGACCUACUGCCCUCUCUUGGUCCUUCCAGCCGAGAUCCGCAAUCUUAUUUAUGCAUUUUCUCUCGAGUCUGAAGAUUUUACAGCGGGAACUAGUAGCCCCGAGUCACUCUACCGACGAAAUGCCUUCUACUACCGGCCUGGGUAUAACAAACCGAAACGAGCGCAGACCGCUCUUCUCCAAACAUGCCAAAAGAUCUACAACGAAGCAUCACUCCUUCCACCGGCAGUCAACGAGCAUACAUUCUGGUUUUAUCGCCCUCCGCCUCACAUCAAAGAUGCAUCAUCUCCAGUGAGAUAUUUUCGCAAGAUGACCCCGAAGCAACGGACGCAAGUGCAGCAUAUACACUUGUUUAUUCAGCAGUAUUUCCUGGAAGACAGACCUUGGUCUGAAAUCUGGAACGAGAUGAAGAUUGGUGAUGGCGGGCGUAGCUUACGAGGCGAGUGCAGGAUUGCGCCCAAGAAAAUUACUAUCACUUUUCGCCAUACAGACUGGUGGUACUGGGAGUAUGAUGAAACUCUUGGAAUAAAUCCAUUCCGGUCUGGAAGAACUCGUUCAUGGGAAAUGGACCGGCCUUUUAUUCCAGAGCAAAGAGCUUGGGGUAAUCAGUUUGCUUUCGUGACUAGUCUUAAAGAGGUGGUGAUUGAGUUUGAGACAGUCUUACGAAAGAAGGAUCAGCUUGAUGGUAUUAUUAAACGUGCUCUGCAGUGGAAGUUCCCCAUGCAGGACGAAAAUAAUAAGCGUCUAUGUCUGAUUGCUGAUCCUGGAUCAGUGAGCGCUUAUACUUGGAUUGGAGCGAAAGAGACGGACUUGAAGAAACAACCACGUGAUUGGCACCCGCACAGUGAAGAUCCCGAGCCUGUACAGGAGCCGAUUCCUCCAGUCCCGACUUUGAAGCCAUUUGUUUUAGCGUCUGAUGGUGGCACUCCUCUCCAACUUGAUCAUAACGCAGAGGAAUUCUAUGUUGUCUUUCUGACAUGGAGGAAGCAGAUAGUCCAUGAAUAG